AUGAACGUCAAUUCAACAAAAGAUCUAGAUAAGAUCCCACCACAUGUAAUUAAAGAUUACUGCGGUGUUUAUUAUCCAACACUUGUACAUCUAAAUGAAAUCGUUGGUAAAUGUGGAGGUGUGGAGUUAAGACACAUCUACUGGGCAAUGACAUACUUUCGACAGUUUGUGCCCUUUUCGAAUCUAGCCACCAACUUUAAUGUCAGUAUUCGAACUAUGAACGAUUGGGUCAAUCAAUCCAUUGACGAGUUAUAUAAAGCUAUCAAACCAAGAAUUGAUUCUUUUGAUGAAGUUUUAAAGACCUCUAGAAGAAGCAGUCCUUAUUAUGACUCGAAAGGAAUUGGAGUGUUGACAUCUACAUUUGUUGAAACCACCAAGCCAUCCCACCCUCAAAAGAGAACACAGAAUUACUAUGAAAAGCACGAUGCAUGUGGAGUAAAAUUCGAGCAAGUUAUUUCAUUGGAUGGUCAACUGGUUUGGAUAAAAGGUCCAUUCCCUGGAUCAAUGAAUGAUAAUGUGAUAGCCCAAACGACUAAUCCAUUGGUUCUUUGUACAUUGAACGAAGAACAUUUGCUUGGAGACAGGGUUUACCAGGGAUUUAGACGUAUUGUAGUCCCUCACAAAAAGAGAGCAAAUGUACCAUUGACCACCGAACAAAAGGAAAGAAAUGAACAUGUUGCACAAAACAGGGUGGUAGUGGAUAAAUAUUUGGAAAAUUUAAAAGUGUUUGGUUGUUUUAACAAACCAUGGAGAUCUUCUAUCGAACAGCUCACAAAAGCUUUCUAUAUUAUCAACUAUGUCGUUAAUUUUGAGAUGGAUAAUGGUCUAAGAUGGACUCGUAGCUCAAACACUGUCAAUCAAAUCGAGCCUAGACCUGUACAGGUAGCAGCCAUGAGACCAACUCAAACCAGUAUGGCUACACCACCUGUAGCAGUAGAUAUGAGAUCACUUGGAAGUAGCAUUCCCCCACCUCCAAUAGAGUCAACACCAACAACUAGAGUACCAAAUAUUUUGGAUCUCAUACCCAUUCCCUCCUCAACCACCAUCCCCAUUGUUGUCAAAUCAACAUCUGCUACUUCACGUGAACCCAAAAGAAAAAGAUAUUCUUGCACUGGGGAUUUACUAUCAGUUGAUGAAAUUAUUGCUAAAACUAGUAUGACCCCACCACCAGUAUCAGUCGAUAGGAUAUCACUUGGAACAGACAUGGCCCCACCCCCUAUCGAGUCAACCUCAGCUAGAGUACCAAAUAGUAUGACUCCAUCACCUAUUUCUUCAUACUCUCAAACAUCCGACUUUAGAUUAUAUCAAAAGAUAUUUACUCCCAUUGUUCAUUAUGAAGAUGAAAAAACAGAUACAGGUUUUGAUAGAGCAUUUGUUUAUUUCCCAAGAAUGACUGGUACAAAAGUGUUGGGAGCCCGAUUCGACCAUGAUCGUGGCCAAUUAAUCACUCAUCUAAGAACUCAUUCUUUUAACCGCGAUUGGUUUGGUCCGAAUGGUGAAUGGAACAACUGGUGGGAAAAUCUUUUGGUUGCUGAUGAAAUUGUAAAUGCAAGUAUUGGUCAAAAAAGCGUAUUGACGAUGAAGAAGACUCUUGAUGAAUUGUCUACAAAGAAUCUUUUGUAUACUGACUGGUGCCAGUUGGGUCGGUUAUCUUCUCUCAGGGCUGGCCAUCAAACAACCACAAAUGGUGUAUAUUAUAAUCCGACAAACCCACACAAUAUUCUAUUGAUUGUUGAUGGUUUGUUGAAUUAUGAUAUGCAUUGUUUUGUUGGUUUUGUUGAUUGA